ACCUCCUCCUCCUUCGCCGCGGCCGCAGCCGCCGCGCCACCGUGCCUGUUGCUGCCGCCGCCGCGGGACCCGCUGUGUCCUCAGCUGGGCGUAGAAGAGGCGGGAGCCGAGCGGAGAGGAUCCCUCCCGGCACCCCCCCCCACCCCCGCCCUGCGGAAGAGCGCAGCCAGCCCGGCACGAUGGGCGCCCCGCCCGCCCAGGCAGUCACCACGCCGCCCCCGAGCACCUGCGCGCCCCGGCCGGGCCCUGGGCUUUGAGCGCGCCGUGAUAUAGGAUUCUGCCUCAGAAGCACAUAAAAUAGAUUGCUCAUUCUAAAACAGAAAACAGCAGAAUAAAAAGGCCUCAGUGACACAUAGGAAAAAAAAAAACUAAAACAGAAAACAGUGGCAACAUUUUGCUGAGUUUUCAGACCUUUCCCAAGAUGGAACCAAUAACAUUCACAGCGAGGAAGCAUCUGUUUCCUAACGAGGCCUCCGUGGACUUCAGCCUGCAGCUGGUGGGCUCCUUGCAUGUGCACUCUCUGACCACCAUGCCGAUGCUGCCCUGGGUCGUGGCGGAGGUGCGCAGGCUCAGUGGGCAGUCCUCCAAAAAGGAGCCUGGUGCCAGGCAAGUCCGGCUUUGUGUUUCCCCCUCUGGAUUGAGAUGUGAACCCGAGCCGGGGAAGAGUCAACAGUGGGAUCCUCUGAUCUGUUCCAGCAUCUUCGAGUGUAAGCCCCAGCAUGCUCACAAACUGAUUCACAACAGUCAUGAUCCAAGUUACUUUGCUUGUCUGAUUAAGGACAACGCAGCCAAUCAGCAGAGUAUCUGCUAUGUGUUCAAAGCCGAUGAUCAAACAAAAGUGCCUGAGAUCAUCAGCUCCAUCCGCCAGGCCGGGAAGAUUGCCCGGCAGGAGGAGCUCCAUUGCCCGUCCGAGUUUGAUGACACAUUUGCCAAGAAGUUUGAGGUGCUCUUCUGUGGCCGCGUGACAGUGGCUCACAAGAAGGCCCCUCCGGCCCUGAUCGACGAGUGCAUUGAGAAGUUCAACCACGUCAGUUGCAGCAGGAAAGCCGAAUUUAACUUGGUCUCCCAGAAUUCUGAAACCCCAAAUCCCGCGGGAGGCCUCUCCUUCACGGAGAAGUUCCGGUCUGUGCUCCAGCCAGUGGGGAACGGCGAGCAGGGCCGGAGGCCCAUGCGCAAAUCCUUCUCCCAGCCUGGGCUGCGCUCGUUGGCCUUUAAGAAGGAGUUUCAAGAUGGAAGCCUUCGAAGUAGUAGUUUUUUCAGCUCCUUUGAGGAAAACGACAUUGAGAACCACCUCAUUAGUGGACACAAUAUUGUGCAGCCGACAGAUAUUGAGGAAAAUCGAACUAUGCUCUUCACGAUUGGCCAAUCUGAAGUUUACCUCAUCAGUCCUGACACCAAAAAAAUAGCAUUGGAGAAAAAUUUUAAGGAGAUAUCCUUUUGCUCUCAGGGUAUCAGACAUGUGGACCACUUUGGGUUUAUCUGCCGAGAGUCUUCAGGGGGCGGAGGCUUUCAUUUCGUCUGUUACGUGUUUCAGUGCACCAAUGAAGCUCUGGUUGAUGAAAUCAUGAUGACCCUGAAGCAGGCGUUCACUGUGGCUGCCGUGCAGCAGACAGCUAAGGCACCUGCCCAGCUGUGUGAGGGCUGCCCCCUGCAGGGCCUGCACAAGCUCUGUGAGCGGAUAGAGGGAAUGAAUUCUUCCAAAACCAAACUAGAACUCCAGAAGCACCUGACGACAUUAACUAAUCAGGAGCAAGCAACUAUUUUUGAAGAGGUUCAGAAAUCGAGACCAAGAAGUGAACAGCGAGAGAAUGAACUGAUUAUUUCUUUCCUGAGAUGUUUAUAUGAAGAGAAACAAAAAGGUCACAUCCAUAUUGGGGAGAUAAAGCAGACCUCACAGAUUGCAGCAGAGAAUAUUGGAAGUGAGUUACCACCGAGUGCCACUCGAUUUAGACUAGAUAUGCUGAAAAAUAAAGCCAAGAGAUCUUUAACAGAGUCUUUAGAAAGUAUUUUAUCCCGGGGUAGUAAAGCCAGAGGCCUCCAGGAACACUCCUCCAGUCUGGAUCUGGACAGCUCCAUGUCUAGCACUUUAAGUAACACGAGCAAAGAGCCGUGCGUGUGUGAGAAAGAGGCCCUGCCUGCCUCCGAGAGCUCCUUCAGACUCCUCGGCUCCUCAGAUGACCUGUCCAGUGACCCGGGGAGCCAGCCCGCAGAAGAGCCUGCCCCACUGUCACCCCAGCAGAGCUUCCGAAGGCGUGCCAACACCCUGAGUCAUUUCCCCGUGGAGUGCCCGGAGCCUCUGGAACCGGCUCAGGGGUCUCCGGGGGCCUCCCAAAGGAAACUUACGAGGUACCACUCAGUGAGCACAGAGACGCCUCAUGACCGGAAUGUGAAUCAUCCACCUGUGGGCGAGUCUAAAAGUUGCUCAGGUCAGUCUUCAGCUCCUGCUCUUCCACCUCGUCUUAACCCCUCCGCCUCCUCGCCAAAUUUUUUUAAGUACCUAAAGCAUAGCUCAAGUGGAGAACAAAGUGGGAAUGCUGUGCUGAAGAGGGACUUUGACUCCAAAGCUAACCACCUUGGCGAUGCCAGCAGGACCCCUGUGAAGACACGGAGACACUCGUGGAGGCAGCAGAUAUUCCUCCGAGUGGCAACCCCACAGAAAGCGUGCGACUCUCCCAGCAGAUACGAAGAUUACUCAGAACUGGGAGAGCUUCCACCACGAUCUCCUUUAGAACCAGUUUGUGAAGAUGGACCCUUCGGCCCCGUCCCAGAGGAAAAGAAAAGGACAUCUCACGAGCUUCGAGAGUUAUGGCAAAAGGCUAUUUUACAACAGAUACUGCUCCUUAGAAUGGAGAAGGAAAAUCAGAAGCUGCAAGCCUCUGAAAAUGAUUUGCUGAAUAAGCGCCUAAAGCUCGAUUAUGAAGAAAUCACUCCUUGUCUCAAAGAAGUAACCGCAGUUUGGGAAAAGAUGCUUAGCACUCCAGGAAGAUCAAAAAUUAAGUUUGACAUGGAGAAAAUGCAUUCGGCUGUUGGGCAAGGUGUGCCACGUCAUCUCCGGGGGGAAAUCUGGAAAUUCUUAGCAGAGCAAUACUGCCUUCAACACCAGUUUCCCAGCAAACAGCGGCCAAAGGACACGCCGUACAAAGAACUCUUAAAACGGCUCACCUCCCAACAGCAUGCGAUUCUUAUCGACCUCGGUCUACCGCAUGUUGUUUUUGCAGGGCGAACCUUCCCGACACAUCCGUACUUCUCAGCCCAGCUUGGGGCGGGGCAGCUGUCACUCUACAACAUUCUGAAGGCCUACUCGCUUCUAGACCAGGAGGUGGGGUACUGCCAAGGCCUCAGCUUUGUAGCGGGCAUCUUGCUGCUUCACAUGGGUGAGGAGGAGGCAUUUAACAUGCUCAAGUUUCUGAUGUUUGAAAUGGGACUGCGGAAACAGUAUCGGCCGGACAUGAUUAUUUUACAGAUCCAGAUGUACCAGCUCUCAAGGCUUCUUCACGAUUACCACAGAGACCUCUACAACCACCUCGAGGAGCACGAAAUUGGCCCCAGCCUCUACGCCGCCCCCUGGUUUCUCACCGUGUUUGCCUCCCAGUUCCCACUGGGAUUUGUAGCCAGAGUCUUUGAUAUGAUCUUUCUUCAGGGAUCAGAGGUCAUAUUUAAAGUGGCAUUAAGUCUGUUGGGAAGCCAUAAGCCCUUGAUUCUGCAACAUGAAAACCUAGAAACCAUAGUUGACUUUAUAAAAAACACCCUUCCCAACCUGGGCUUGGUGCAAAUGGAAAAGACCAUCAGUCAGGUGUUUGAGAUGGAUAUCUCUAAACAAUUACAAGCCUAUGAAGUUGAGUACCACGUGCUUCAAGAAGAGCUGAUCGAUUCCUCUCCUCUCAGUGACAACCAAAGAAUGGACAAAUUAGAGAAGACCAACAGCAGCUUGCGCAAACAGAACCUUGACCUCCUUGAACAACUGCAGGUGGCAAAUGGUAGGAUCCAGAGCCUGGAAGCCACCAUUGAGAAGCUUCUGAUCAGUGAAAGCAAGCUGAAGCAGGCCACCCUUGCCUUGGAGCUGGAGCGAUCAGCCCUGCUGCAGACGGUGCAGGAGCUCCGGGGGCAGAUGACGGCAGAGCUGCGCGGGCCGGAGCCUGACCUCACGGGGCCCGGGCCCACGGGCGACUGAUGGCGCAGGAGACGGCUCCUCGCCAGAGCAUGCCUCCGGGGGAGACUUGGCGGCCUUGUCCUAGCACUGUCCAGGCCUUAACUGAGAGGGACAGAGGAUGCCGGAGGGAGAGAACAAGGCAUGACGCGUGCUUCUCAGGGAGGACGCUGGCUUGCCAGCAUGCAGACUUCUGAACUAGAACUUGCGAGUCAUGGGGACGGAGGUCCCAGUGUUUUUGUUGUUUAGGUCGCAAUUCGUCCCUUCUUCAGUCCCGAUUACUGUACCCAGUAGGUUUAGGUGGCAUGGAUGUGAAUAAAUGCACCUUCAUGUUUCCUUGUUGUUUCCUUUUUCAGCAUCACUGUGCUUGCAAAGGACAGUUAGUCCUGUGGAAGUGCAAGGGCCGGGAGGGCUCUAGAUGAGUCCUCUGGUUCAGAUGUGGGUCCAUCACUCUUCCACGUCGGGUUUGUGGGACCACACCCUCUGGUCCCCAGCAGGCCAUGCAGCCAGCCCCUGUCUGUUCUGGCCAUGGAAGAAGCCCCAGAGAACCAUUAGGACGUCUUGAAUUUAGCACUCUCCUGGGUAUUUACUGAAGUUUGUCUUUUGAAAAAAAUAGUUUUCAUUUUUUACUUGGUCUUUAAGUAUCAAAGUCAUUGUAGAUAAAUGUUUUAUGGGUAAAUCACCAGUUUCUAGGCUCAAACCAAGUGUUGCUAGUGAGCGAACUGCAUUUUUAGACUCAUGUUUAUUUCUUUGUGGGUUUUCGUCACCCUCUUAGAGCUGGGUAUUUAUUUUUGCUGUUGUGUGAUGCAAAGCAGCUGUGAGUCCCUUUGAGUGUCUACCCUUGGGAGUCGUGUUCCCUACGGAAGUAGCCGGGCGCAUCAGGAUGGUCAUGAGUCAUGGGUGCCAGAGAUCCUGGGACUUUGAAAAACGCCAUCAGCCUGAAAUCUCAAUCAGAUAGAUGGCAGCUGAGCGCAGUUUUUCAGAGCUAGGAAGUGUGUUUUGAAUAUGACUCACAACACAACCCCUUCCCUCAGGAGGAUGAGAACCCUGUGCCUUCAAUAAGCAGAAAGCUGCUGAUGGCUGGCGUGGCUUCGUCGGGUCCCCGGGUGAGGCCUCUGCACGAGUGCUCUCAGAAUGGGCCCUUUCUGACAGCAGGAUCACUCUGGCCUUUGUCACGGUAGUCCGCCCUGGUCCACAGGGCCUUCUUGUGACCCUCUCGGCAGUAGGCGUCUCUUUCAGCCUGAGGUCAAAGGAAGGAUUUUCAUAUUGGAAGUCGUCCCAGGUCUCCCCAGACAUUUCCAAGGGUGACAAACGCGCUCUCCCCGGUGCCUAACAGUUGGCCAACAUUUGGGACUCCUGUGCCCCGUGUCGGAGGAUAGCGGUUCUCCUUACAAAUCAAGAUAACCAGCACAGUAGCCUCUAUCCCGAGUUGUUCCACAGAUAGAACUUAGAGGAGUUAAUAUUUGAGGGCUUCUUUCCACCUAUUUUGCUGUUGGAAUGUUUAAUAAUGUUGAAUUUUGGACAUCUUAUUACCAUUACUCAGAAAACAUGGACUCUGCAUUAAAUAAUAAAUGAGACAGCAAUAAAUCUGUGCCCACACUUU